CCGGGAGGGCCUGGCGGGCGGUGGGAGCGGCUCGCAUUAGCAGCGUCCGGCUGUGAUAGGGCCUGGACUGUGCCUCGUUUCUAUUUGCCAGUCUCUCAAAGAGGGGAGGACCCUGCGCCCUGUCUGCCGCGCACCCCCCCUCAUGGGAAAGUUGGCAAAAGCCCGUGGCCGCGCAAAAUGCUCGAUGCGCAAGGCCCGAUAGCAGAGACAGCGGCUAGGCUCUUCGCGGAAGCGUUCAUGCUCGAAACUGCUCUUCGCUGUCUAGCGCCUGUUUAUCCAGAACACGACGCCAACGCUAGCACCUCUGCUGAUCUUUCUCUUUCUCUCUCUCUCUCUCGCGCGCCUCUUCUGCUUUUUUGCCACCGCAGUUUUGACAGGAUGGAGACCCGUCCGUCCCACAGGAGCACAGAACUUGUUUUCGUCGUCUUUUCAAAAAUCAGGGCCAAACAAUCGCCCCCCCAAACCCACAUCCUCUCCGCUCCAACAAGUGUUGUGGUGGUUCCGAAAAGCAAGUUUGGCGGAAGGAUGCCUUGCAGCGAUGACGGGUCACCGGGUUAUUACUCAGAUCCACGACGGAGCUGGCCGACAGGAGACAAAGGCACGCCGCCGCCAACUCCCGGGUUCUCGUCCUCGCCAGUCUCUGGUCUCUGGUUCUUGGUUUUUGGCUCUGGGGGGAAACCUGGUGGGCGGUCUGGUCUCACCUGGGACGCAUGGGACACCGACGACACUGUCUUAUACCACGGAGCACUAGUAGAUACCUCCUAUACAAAGCUGUUAUUCCUCCUCCACACAUAUAUACUACACCAUCUCUCGGCUCUCGCGC